AACGGCGAGUCAUGGACGAAAAUCUUCCUCUAUUGGCGACCAGGAGACCCGUAACGUUCGAGGAACAAGAGAGCUCGUCGAAUUCGGAUUUGCAAUCGAUCAGUUUCCGUUCGUUCGAAGGGAAAUCGUACGGCGCCCGGACGAAUUUCCCCGCUAAACUCGUUCAACCCGAGGACAGGAUAACCUACACGUGGAACAGCAUCAAUGUAUCCACCGCCCGCCGAGAAACGACCACUUGUUUCGGAAAACGCACGAAAAUCAUCGCCGAUCACCGGCACAUCUUGAAAAACGUAAAUGGGGAGGCUUGUUCGGGCGAGUUACUGGCAAUAUUGGGAUCGAGCGGUUGCGGCAAAACGACCUUAUUAAACGCCCUGACGUAUCGAACACAAAGCGAUCUAUCGGUAACGGGCUUGAGAUGCAUCAAUGGCGUGGCCGUCGAUCGCAGAAAAUUGACCGGCCUGUCCGCUUACGUGCAACAGGAAGAUCUAUUCAUACCCACGUUGACGGUGAAAGAACAUCUGAUAUUUCAAGCUUUAGUUCGCAUGGACAGUAACCUAUCGUUCGAACACCGAAUGAUUCGAGUAGACGAAGUUAUAUCGGACUUCGUAUUGAGAAAGUGCGAAAACACCCGCAUAGGCUCGACGGGCAACGGGGGACUCUCCGGGGGCGAGAAGAAACGCCUGUCUUUUGCUGCCGAGGUGCUCACCAAUCCGGUGUUGAUGUUCUGCGACGAGCCCACCUCAGGUUUGGACUCCUUCAUGGCGCUGAACGUGCUGCAGGCGUUGAAGAACAUGGCCCAAACGGGGAAGACGGUCGUCUGCACGAUCCACCAGCCCGGCUCCGAGCUGUACGCGCUCUUCGACAAGUUGCUGCUGAUGUACGACGGUAGAGUCGCCUUUCUGGGGGCUCCCGAAGAAGCCGACGUGUUCUUCAGAAAUUUGCAAGCUCCUUGUCCGAGGAACUACAAUCCGGCCGAUUAUUAUAUUCAGUUGUUGGCUGUGGUGCCGGGUCGGGAAGAGUCCUGCAGGCAAGCCGCUGCGUUUAUAUGCGAGAAUUUCGAAAAUUCACCGGCUGGAUUGCGAUUAGCCCAACCGGAUAUUAAUGAAAACUCUGAUUUGGAAUCAUCCACCAACGGCAGAUCCUCCUCUCCUUACAAAGCCUCCUGUUGGGCGCAAUUCAAAGCCUUGCUCUGGAGGUCCUGGAUGAGCCUGAUGAAGGAUUCGUUGAUCAUCAAAGUUAGGACGCUCCAAACGAUGAUGACUUCUUUGUUGAUAGGAUUGAUUUACUAUGGACAGGAAUUGAACCAGAACGGUGUAAUGAACAUCAACGGUGUGUUGUUCAUUUUUCUGACCAAUAUGACGUUCCAGAACGUUUUCGCCGUUAUUCAUGUUUUCACAUCGGAAACGCUGGUUUUCCUGAGAGAACACAGAAACGGAAUGUACCGAACGGACGUCUAUUUUCUGAGCAAGACCUUGGCGGAGCUUCCGUUCUUCAUUCUUCUACCCGUUCUGUUCACGUCCGUUUGUUACUACAUCAUCGGCUUAAACGGGGACUUGUACAGAUUUCUAACCGCCUGCGGAAUCGUCACAUUGGUCGCCAACGCUUCGUUAAGUUACGGUUACUUGGUAUCGUGCGUAUCCAGCAGCACCUCGAUGGCCCUGGCGAUCGGCGCGCCGAUGAUCAUACCGUUCCUCCUCUUCGGCGGGUUCUUCAUGAAUUUGAACUCCAUUCCGGCGUACUUCGUGUGGCUGUCUUAUUUGUCGUGGUUCAAAUACGGCAACGAGGCUUUGAUGGUCAAUCAAUGGAGCGGAGUCGUCGAGAUUGAUUGCGGAGGGAGCGCCGCUUGCCAGAGAACCGGUCGCAUUGUACUCGAAUCGUACAGCUUCGACGAGGACAAUUUCCUUGUGGAUGUUAUUUCGCUGUUUGGACUGAUCAUUUUUUUCAGAUUAUUAGCGUUUUUUGCUUUGUUAAAAAAGACUGUUAGAAAAUAA